AUGCAGGGUGGUGGCCAUGGUCAAUCGCAAGAGAACACAGAUUCAUUGUUAGCUGGCAUGGUCGAACAGUUGAUGCAAGAGUCUGAAAAUCCUCCGAGGGAAGUCAAGGGCGUCUCGGACGAGUUCCUCGCUCAGCUGGACAGAGUGCCAAAGUCGAGCUUGAAGGACAAGGACUGCCCCAUCUGCGGCAACCCUUUCCUUGACGGCAAGUCCACGCACUCUCAGGGCAUUGUUGUCGCAUGA